AUGGCUAUCACGUUAUGGCGAUCUGUGCUUGCUAGCCUCCUCUUGCUUCCUCUCUCCACCGCCGCCCAACCCUCACAGAUAGUUCUCGCCCCCAAGCCCGAGAUUCGCCGUGCGAAGGUGACUGACUACAAGGACAUAGCCCGCAUUACAGUGGCUGCAUUCAGAGAAUCACCGCAUUUCACGUACCUGCACCAAUUCUUCGACCAGUAUCCCAACGACACAUAUGUCUGCUUCGAGGAAGAAGCGUAUGUGGGUCUACAGCAUCCCAGAGUCGUAGGCCACAUCGCCACAGUACCUGCAAAAGAACCACCGCACGAGAGGCUGGCAGUCUCGGCUGGUCUGUGGGUAUUGCCGGAGUGGAUGGAUUCCGAUCCCUCGGCAGCUUCACAAACCAGGCGAUGGUCCCCGAUGGUCAGCUUCCUGCACGGCUUGCGCAACGAAUGCAAGGAGCGCGAUAUCAAUGUGACACGCGCGUUGGACUGGCAACCUCAGUGGGAAGUUGCGGACAAGUGGCUGGAAGACGCCUACCCGGAAGAUGAACAGCUCUACCUCGCUUCGCUUGCAACCCUCCCAGACUACCAGGGACAUGACUAUGCGGGCUAUGUGGUACGAGAAGCUCUGAGGGAGUUUAAGGAGUUCCCAGAAGACGGCCUUCCGGGGGACCUAUACGCAACCUUGAUCGCUACGACUGCGGGAGAGCCUCUAUACUUUGAGACCGGGUUCCAAUCUCUCAAGAACGUCACUAUCGAUGCCGUUGAUAAGGACGAGAGCUUCCGCUUUGACAUCAUGUCUCUCAGGGUUCGGCAUGGUUAG